ACACAGAUUCCCGGGUUGCAGCCCCCUACUACCACAGCUGUGAGGUGCCACGCUGCCUUGACGUCACAACACGUGCUGGUCGCUGCUCGGAUCGGUGAAGACUUCAUUUACAGGAGCCUCAUCUAGCUCGACUCAUUCGGACGGGUUAGAAGAAGCAAGACAUAAUCAAGGAGUCAUGAAUGAAAGCUGGAUAAGUCUGGAAGAGGAGCCCCUCUGUCCAAUUUGCCCGAGUGCUUUCAUGGAGCCCGUUCAGCUGCCGUGCUCGCACAACUUCUGCAGGGGCUGCAUCUCCUCCCGGGUCACGGGCAAAGCCGCGGCCCGCUGUCCCGAGUGCAACCACAGGAUACAGUGUCUGAACUGGAGGAGCGAGUGAGAGCCCAGGAUCAGCGGAUGCAUAGGCUGCUGGAAGUGAACCAGGCUGAAACCAUGCAGAGGCUGGAGAGCACUCACUUCAAGUAUGUGAGGAAUCACACCCACAAGGUUCAGCAGCUCAUCGAGAGGCGUCAGGAAACAGAGAAAUACCUGGUACAAAACUUCAUCAAAGACUCGGACACCAUUAGCUUCAGAAAGGAUACAGAACCAUACCACAUGCCGAUGGACAGUUGCAGCGGCUGAAGCGCUCCCUGUCCUUCAAAUCUGUCAUGCGCAGCAAGAGCGUGGACAACUUUUUCCAGCGCAGCAAUGGUGAAACGCGCCUAUCCUCGGCCCUCAUCACCUCACCGCCACCUCCACCGUCUCCUCCGCCCUUCUCCGAGUGCCCCCCGGCCAAUGAGCGCUCUCCCUCCAUGUCCCCGUCAAUCAGUCCCAACCCUUCACUGUCAUCACACUCGCCUUCUGUCAGUCCCUCGCUGUCCGUCACCUCCAAAGUCCAGCCAAAGACUCAGGCCCAGCCGGUGCAGCCAGUCAAGACGCACUGCUUCCAGGAACAUGUCUUCCGUAGGCUUACCAACUGCCAGCGAUGCAAACACAUGAUCCAAGGGAACUCAAAGCAGGGGCUGCGCUGUAAAGCCUGUAAGAUGGCGGCCCACCUCUGGUGCACAUCGGAGCUCUCCCAGCAACCCUGUAAUGGCAAGUCAGGAGCUUUCAAGAGGAACUUCAGCUCUCCUCUGCUGACCAGUGAUCCACUGGGUGUGGUCAGAGAGGCUCCUGCUGCCCAGGAAGCCGAUAAUGGCAUUGUUGACCCUGUGUAUGAAGCGCUGCGCUAUGGGACAUCGCUGGCUCAGAUGAGUCGCUCCAGCUUCGGCAGUAUCUCAGAGUCGCCCUGUCAUGAGGCAGAAAAACCACAAGACAAACUAGAAAACCAGCCGAUAGCUGAAGAGGAACAAAUCCCAGGAAUGCUCACCCCUCCUGAAAGCGAGAAGGCUGAUUCAGAAGACAGGGUCAGCCUGAAGACUCCCAAACGAGUAGAGGUCCACUCCAUCCACACCUACGUCGCUCUCUACAAGUUCCUGCCUCAGGAGAAUAAUGACUUGGAACUACAGCCUGGCGACAGAGUUCAAGUCACAGAUGACUCCAACGAGGACUGGUGGAAGGGUAAAAGCGGAGACAAGGUGGGGUUUUUCCCAGCCAACUUUGUGCAGCGGGUCCGCCCUGGCGAGCGGGUGUGGAAGGUCACUGCUGGUUUCCAUGGCAACCGAGACAAGGGCCAGAUGACUGUAAAAGAGUCCCAGAUCUGCGUGGGGAAGAACGAGGAGAUUGACGGUUUCCUCCGGCUGACGAGCGGCAAGAAGCGAGGCUUGGUUCCCGAGAUGUAUCUGCUAGAAAUAUGACGGCGGCGCACAUCUCCUUGACCCUCAUUUUUAUAGAGAAGUUCACUAUAAUGGAGAAAACGCUCAGGAGUGUCUACCCAACACCUCACUGACCUCCAACCACACCCCCCCACCACCACCCCUCCAAAAAGUGGCAGUGAAGUAGUAGCUUGAGUGGACGACGACCCACAAUGUGGCUUUUUACUACUGAGGAUUCUAAAGGCUCAUGAAGGACGGGGGGGGGGGGUGACUUUGUGAGAGUUCUUUAGAGCUACUUUUUUUUCCUGUAGCACAACUUUACUUUGUGCGGUUUUAUACACACUCGCAACAAAAAUGUAGCAUCACAUAGAGGAGGAUGAGAGCGUGGGGAGUCUGGCUACCUCACUAGCCAUUUCCAUUGGCCAUUUGUCUGCGAAAAAAAGGGAAGAAAACUACUUUAUCGUGAUGUCAAGGCGUGUCCAAGCCUGAGGGACUUUUUGUCUUCAUUUCAUCGUUUGUGUAGAGAAAACAAAACACAACAAGAGAUCGUGAAAGAUUGUAGCCGUUUGUCGUAGUUGCCGGUGCAAACACGUCAUGGUUGAUUGUUUCCCUUCAGCAGAUUGAUCUAAAGAAAUAAGAUACGAUGAUGUGCAGCUGUCUGCUGUCGUGAUAUGGAUUCAUGAUGUGCAUAUGUGUCACUCAUGCUCUUAUUAGACAAAGAUUCAGGUAUUUACGUCAUGUAAAAUCUUUAGUCUUAUCUGCUACAUUGUGGUCAAAUGAGUCAUGACACACACGCACGCACUGUAUUCCAGCUCUCCAGUGAUUCGAUUACAGAGCAUUUUUGCUCUUCACAGCGUAGAUGUGCUUUCCGUGCACCUCGGGGAGCUUCUUUCACAGUAUGCCCUUCAAUCACACUCUUUCCACAGACACACACACACACACUCACUUACUUUACGGUUCACUUUUAUUCCAUGUCACUUCUAAAUCGAUCACUUGAAUCUCGCUUCCUCCCAUUAUAUCCUCUGCGUCGUCUGUCUGUAUAUGUAAUGUCCUGUAAUAUUCUCUGUCAUAUCUGGUUUUGUGCCACAACAUGAGGACGGACAGUUUAAUGCGUUGACCUUCUGAUGAAUAUGCUUUUCUGUACUGUAAUUCAGGAUGAUGAAUUCAAAAAACCAAACCCAGUGUUAUCUCAGAAGGUCAAGCACCUGUAAAAAAAAACCCAAAUGUGUUGAGUUUUUGAUAAAUGGCAAAUUCUUCACCCAGCACGCGUGGUUACUUUUAAGUAACACUGAGGGACUGUUAUUGUUGCUGUAAUUAUAGGUGAUAAAAGGUCAAAUCACCUCACACUAUUUGAUUCAUUGCUCUGUUGGUAUAAACCAUGAGGCAGUGACAAGAUGCCUUUGUUGUGGCAAUAACUGUAAAUAGAAAUGAUGACAGUAUUUGUAAAUAGCCUUAUAAAGACACAGUAUAUAUUGUCUCUGAAUGGCACUCUGACCGAGAGGUUUGUAGCAAUCCAGGUGAUGAGGAAGGAUAAGGAAGCACUUCUAUGCUCAAUUAACAUUUUAGCCCUGUCAGCACAAACAUUUUCAAAUACUAUGCACAACAGAUCUGGCCACUCGCUUUAUUUUGUCUUCAGCUUGUAAGCGUAGGCACACACACACACACACACACACACACACACACACACACACACACACGCACACGUACGUCAGUGUAUACAUGUGCUUCUUCAUUGUGGAUUAACAUUUGGAUUUGAUGCUUCGGGACGUGUUGCAGCUGUCACAGAGUGGCCAUCUCAGAUCAUCGUAACCUUCACUGAAUAGAACCAGGAAUGGCUCAGGAUCAGUAUUACCCAGGUGAAUUCCCUCUCUCACUUCAGUGCACACACUACCCUGCUAGUUCUCUGCAUGGCUAGCUGCCCUGUGACCCUCACACCUCUCAAUAAAGUCAGAUGAACUCUC